AAAAAGAAAAAGAAAGACUUGCAUGAAAGAUAUAAUUCACUACUCAUCUUGUAGACUUCCCUCAUUACACGCAACUCUCUCUCUCUCUCUCUAUCUCCGGCGGCUGCUGUUUGAAAGUGGGGCGACAGUUGAAGCGGUUGUUUCCUUCUUGUGACGGCGGUUUUCUUUCCCCUUUCUCAGCCAAUAGUGAUCGAUCAAAAUGAACUCGCACACUGUGUUCUUCAAAGAAAAUGAAGGGGUUGCCCCAAAUCACCUCAACGUUUCACUGUCGGAAUUGCCACGGUGGAUUGGGCUCGGAUCUCAGCCGGCGGCGGCGGUUUACGGCGACCCUUUUGUCCAAUCAAAGCUUACGUCUCUGGAGCUUCCAGCUGGAGGCCGGAAUCAAUUCACGGUGGCCAAGGAUACUGAUAAUCAGCAAGGCCUGGAAAAGGGAAUUACCACUCAGUUCACUCUUUUCUCUGGUGAUUGCAGAACUAGUGCUGAAAAUAGUGCAAAAACUAAUCUGCAGAAAGUCUUUUCUGCUACUAUGGAAGAUCAAUGGAAUUUCAAGCUUGGAUUUGGUCAACCACCGGUUUGUGGACAAUAUCCGUACGGUGAGCAAUACUAUGGACUAUAUUCGUCGACCUAUGGAACUCAGAUUGAGGGGCGUAUUAUGUUGCCAUUGAACAUGCCUAGUGACGUGGGCCCGAUUUACGUGAACGCCAAGCAGUACAAUGCAAUCAUGAGGCGAAGAAAGUCGCGCGCAAAGGCAGAAAUUGCGAAUCAAGUCCUCAAAACCCGCAAGCCAUAUCAGCAUUUUUCGCGCCAUCUCCAUGCAAAGAGGCGCCCAAGGGGAAAUGGGGGCCGUUUCCUCAACACGAAAAACUCGAACACGACAAGCGAAAAUGAUAAUGGAAAAAACAACGAUAAGGAAGAUAAACAGCAAUACUCGCAUCUUAGUGAGUCUCAGAUAUCUGAAGUGAUUAUGUGUGACGAACUAGUGAUUAAUUCUAAAGGAAAGAAUGGAAAUACUAGUCCAGGGCCUGAGGUGACUAGCCAUUUAUUCAAUCAGUCCUUUGGAAUUAAUCAUAUUGCAUUUCAGUCCUUUACGAAUACAGGGAUUGGCAUUGCCAUGGCUAAUGCUGGCAAUUACCUCAAAGUUUGACGAAAUAUUGGUGGGGUUGGUUUCGACUCACCUGGGCAAUUCAUUCUUGGCUAAAGAUCUCUCUCCUUUCUCCAUUUUUUGGAGAAAAUCAAAAACUAUAUAUAUUAUAUAUAUAUAUAUAUAUAGUGUGCGUGUGUGUGUGUUGUGUGUGUGAGAAUAAAUCUUGCAAUUGGGUGUUACUAACAUGCCAUUCUAUAUGGAGGGCAUGUCCUAUUGCAGAAGGGUUGUGUGAAGAAAACAUUGGGUUUGUUUUAAGUGUUUGUUUCCAUUUCAUAAUAAGAAGACAAGCAAGCUGGUUUGAUUUCCAGUUUGUAGUGUUGAGAUGUUCAACUGUGGUCUGAACAUUUAUUGUGUUCUUUAUGUUUGUGUGUUGGAUAAUUUCCUAUAGACUUUGUUAUUGUUGUUUAAUUCUAUGAUUUUAAUUUUAAUUGCAGAAAUUAUU